GAGUGCAUCAAUUUGAAAGAAGUCAAUUUGCCUGAUAAUAUUGAGACGCUGCGAAGGGGAUGCUUCAUGUUGUGCAGUGCGCUGUCAUGUGUAAAAAUGUCAUGUAAAGUGAAAUGUGUUGAAGACUAUUGCUUUGAAGACUGCGCAAAUUUGAGGGAAAUAGUGUUUGAUGGAGUUUUGGAAAAUGUUGGGAAUGACGUGUUUAAAAAUUGCAAAUUGUUGAAACCCAUUUUGAUUGCCAAGAAGAAAACAGUUAGUUGCAAAUUGACAUCACCAAUUGGUAAAGACAAAGAAGAAGAUAAAAACAAAGGAAGUCCAAACACUAAAAUCAAGAAAGAAGAAAUUACAAAGAAAAAGAAAAGCGCAAAAUUGGAAAACUUGUUAAAAGAAUAUUCGAAGUAA